GAUUGAGAUGCUGGAGCGUCUGUGGCUGUCUGGUAUCUGUCACAAUGACAAGAUUGAGGUGAUGAGCAGUAAGCUGGACAUAGACAACAUGGCGGGUGUCUUCUACAUGCUGCUGGUGGCUAUGGGGCUCAGUCUGCUGGUAUUUGCCUGGGAGCACCUGGUCUACUGGAGGCUCAGACACUGCAUGGCUACCAGCUCUGGGAGACUGGACUUCCUACUGGCCAUCAGUAGGGGCAUGUACAGUUGUUGUAGCUUUGAGGAUGAAACCACGCCAGGCGGGGCCAAAUCCUCCAUGGCUAUGCUACCCCACCAUCAUGGCACCAUGGUAACAGUCCCGCCCCCGCCACACUUGGUCAGUGCGUCAUCAACCAACCCGGCCCUGACCAUGGCGCAGCAGCAACAGCAGCAACAGUCACAGCCCGUCUACAAAACACARCUACCUGGAUCCCCUCCCACCGUGGUGCAUUCUGGGACAGCGCUGGGGCCCUCCAACACUCCCAUGCUGGGGGCGCCCCUGCCCUGCUCCACAUUCCUCCCCCGGMCCGAUCGCAGACUGGCUGUGGUGGACCGCUGGAGGCUGCCCAAGGCCGGGAACGCCACCAACCCCAUGGCUGUCCGCGGGGCCGUCGCAGACAUGGGGCCCUUCCCCCAGAAAGUGGCUCCGACCUGGGGCACGACAGCUGGAGGAGUGGGGGUUGGUGGUGGUGGUGGUGGGGGGCUGGAUGGAUAUAAACGCUACUAUGGACCCAUCGACCCUGAGGGUCUGGGGCCCUGUAUGGACCAGCCGGCAGGGUCCCAGACCCCCAAAACAGGGAAGGGAGGGGUCAAACCUUUGGGGACGCCUCGGCUGCCUCCUAAAAGCCAAGCCGUGGGCGUGACCCCAGUCCCUCUGCCCACUAACCCCCCGCUGCCACAACCCUCCCCCCCUCUCCCCUCAUCCUUUUGGAGGAAGCRCCGGCCCAAGAAGCCCAAAGAGCCAGGCGGGCCUCUGUACGAGAACAUCCUACCACUGGGGCGCAGGGGAGGAGGAAGGGAUGGAGCGAGGGAUGGUGGAGGGAGGAGGGGACACCCCCUCUCUCCUCCUCUCCCGCUCCCCGUAACCGUGCCCAUGUCCCCCACCUACACUCCCCCUUCCCCCUCCACCUCACUCCCCUACACCAGCUCAACUUCCUCCUCUUCCUCUAACACAUCGUCCACCUCUUCCUCUACCUCCUCCUCUCGCUCCUCCUCUCCUUCCUCCUCCUCCUCCUUGACCUCUCAGAGCACGCGGGAAGGUUUGGACGCAGAGGAGGAUGAUGAGGAUGAGGAGCUGACCGAGGAGUCCAGCCUUCUCCUGGGGAGGGGGAGGGACAGACAGCGUUCAAUUAUCUCCUCUCGCUCCCUCAGUCACGGGCGCCAGCCACCACCUAUACCACCCCGAAAACCACRCCCUGCCCGAGGGGAGAGAGACAGGGAGAGGGAGAGAGGAGGUAGCCAGUUGGCCCAGUUACAGGAGUGGUGGGCGGGCUGGGGUGAGAGAGAGAGGGAUCGCAGUGGAGGAGGAGGAGAUGACGAGAGGAAACGAGAGAAGAAGAGGAGGAAAGAUAAAGAGAAGAAGAAAAAGAAGAAGAAGAGGAAAAAGAGGGAGGAGAGGGAACGAGAGAGAGACAAAGAGAGGAAGAGACGGAAGGUGAAAAAGAAGCGGAAGAAGAAGGCGCUGAAGACGAAGAAGAGGAAGAAAUCGACUGGGCGUUCCGAGCAAGAAGAGGGGGAUGUGGAGGCAGAUAGGGAKGGAGAGGGGGAUGGAGGGAGAGAAGGAGGGAUGCCAGACUACUCUUCCUUUCCAAACCAGUAUCGUAGUACGUUUGGGGAGAAAGGGAGAGAUUCAGCAUGGGCAGGAGAGAGGGAGCGAGGAAGGAGGGAGGGAGAAGAGGAAGAGGGGGGUGAUAGAGAGGAGGAUAGCAGCAGGAGCAGGGAGAGGCRGCCCAAAUCAUCCCGUUCCCACUCCAGACAUCGACCCCCCAGUAAGCGCUACCCCAAACUCCCCKCCUCGGUCAAGUUCUGGGUGAGCGGAGGAAACGGGGAAGGGGGGGACCCCAACUCUGGAACACMCCCCUCMUCCCUCCCUCCCCUCAUCCCACUCUCCAAGAGGCGGAGGAGUGGAGGGGUGGAGAGAAGGGAGGGAGGGAGAGAAGGAGAGAAGAGGCCUCUGUUGAUGCACUAUGAGAAAGGCAGGGCUAACACCCAGGAGGGGCUCUCCUUCCAUGAGUGGGACUCUGAGGAGGAUGAUGAGCAAGAUGUGGAGGAGGAGAGGCAGAGAGACAGAGCGAGGGAACGGGUGGAGGAGAGGGUGAGGAGGGCGGGUGGGAGAGGUGCUGUGUCAGAGUCAGAAAGAGACAGGGCGAGAGCAGAGGAGAGUUACUCUGAUGAGGGCUCAUCAGGGGGGUUUGGGCGAUUUGAGAGCCAGUACCCCCACCCCCAUGUGCACCCGCACCCCCAAGGGCGGUCACACGGCCAUGGGAAGAGAGGAAGCACGGCCCUGUCCCACAGCCAGGAGGAGCUGCUCCCCCACUGCCACAGCUUCAGCGGGGGCUCACGGCCCAAACCCCCUCCCAAACCAGACCAGGGCCAGGCCAAUGCUAAGCUCCUGUACCAGAGACUACGAUCAGUGCCUCAGCCCGGACGCUUCUACUCCCCCCACCUGCCACUCAAGGCCAAGAGCCUAUGCUCCCGACGAGGCUCCGCCCAUUUCUCCAGCCUGGAGAGCGAGGUAUGA